AAAAUUUUGAAUUUUGAAUUUAAAAUUUUGAAUUUAAAAUUUUGAAUUUAAAAUUUUGAAUUUUGAAUUUAAAUUAUAUACAUGUUAGCCUAAUUUUAACAUUCUAGUUGUUCUUCCAAUAUUUGAGAUUUCAAUUUAAAUUAUAUACAUGUUGGAUAGAUAACAGUAUUCUCGUUGUUCUGGAUCGUUUUCUUGGAUACUGUUCGGGACACGCCAGCUCACGGAAACACUUUCGGUUCUACUGUAAUCGCGACGAAAUCAGCCGAGCUCUUUUAUAUGUCAUGCGGUCCGCUCGAGCGAUCGGCGCGAUCGCCUCUCGCUCAGGAUGGCUACAGAAGCUAUGCAUCGAAAAGAAUAGGCUCUGUGGAAGUUUUGGCGAUUUUAUGAAAUUUUUGCGUGACCUCGGGCUUCUUUUGUUACGUGCAAGGUCCUGUGCUUAAUCUAGCAUUCGAUACACCUUUAGAACUGGAGAGAAACUAUGCCAGCCUUGGGUAGAUAAUAGGCGUGGUGGGAUUAGAGAAACGAUAGGUGUUUCGGCACUUUCCUUUGCGUCCUUUACAUAAGAAUUGCGGUUUCUUCUGUGAGAAAGUGUAGUGUCUUUGAGAACUUACCGAGUUUAAUCUUGCAAACGGUCGAGUUUACACAACAGUAGAUUUUAGGUUAGUGGGAUGAAAUGAUUAUUUGAAGAACUUUGUUAACUAGUAGAAUGUUUAGUAAUUAAUAAGUAAGAUUGUACACACGGUCGUUUAUGGAUUUAGACAUCAAAUUAAAUUAAAUUUAAAUUAAAGUAAUUUAAAUUUAAGUUACCUGUACUGCUUUAAAUAUAAAAAUAAUACUGUACUUAAAAAUGACAAAAUGAUAGAACUAGAAAAUAGUUUAUACUGGAAUAGAAUGAUCAAUAGUAAAGUAUUAACUUUCAUAGCAAAUAUCUAAUACCACUACCAACACUUCGUGUGAAUUUGUAACACUGCGAGAAUUUCAUUGCAUAACACCGAUGUUUCUUAUAAUUCAACUUUUACGAGGUGUAAGCUUCCAUUAGACUCAUCGUGUUUUGCACAUUGCUAAACUCGAUUCUGCUACGCUGUUAAAAAUUGUUUUUUAAAAUUCCUCGUCCGAUCCUACGGAACCAAUCAAGCAGCAACAUCGAGCUGCAAAUAAUUGCCGCUCGAAUCGCCUCUGGCUUCCUUUUCACGCUGUCGAACGUGUUCGCGGGUUAUAGAACGUCACGCGAAUGAUCCUGCCAGUAUCAUAAACUCGUCCAUUUCAAAUUACAUCCAAAUUUCAGAAUUUCGCAUUUACCAUUCGGUUUCAUGCUUGCACAUGUUGCUUUUUUAAAGACAACAAAUUGCGUAAAUUUCUCAUUGUCUAUUUGGAUAUUAUGCAACGAUAAUAUAUAAUAUUUUACUUAAAUUAAACUUAUUAUAAUUUCACUACAGCUUCGCAGAUUCUUAAAAGUAUCGCGUUACCCAUCGCUAAAUUAACAGUUUAAAAUUUAUCUACUACCCCCUUUGAUUUUUACAAUCUUACUUCCAGCCCAGACUAACCAUGAAAUUAUAAUUGUCUUAUAUUCUAUUCGUAAAUUUCUGUACAUUUCUACACGUUCCUAAAUAUCAACAUUUCUGUAUAAAUCACUUAUACCUUUCGUACAAUUUCGUAAAUAGUAUUUCAUGCAAAUUGUAACUUGAGAAUAAAAAAGUUAAGGAGGAGCUAAGUAUCUUGCAACAUUAAAACCCGAUAGAAUCCUCGAUGACGAUGACCAAAGGUAUCCCAAAGGGGACAAGCGAUCGGUCAAUGGCCAUGCCAGUGUCGUAUCGAUGCAUUACGCAAAUCACCCAUGCUUCCCUAGAACGCACGGCGGACAGGCCGGGUAGCCGUCAAUAACACGGUGUACUUGAAUUAUCGAGCUCGGCCGUGGAAUACUCUCGGUUCCACUCUACGAUCCCUUAUUCACCCAGCGAAUCACGUGUAUAUAUAAGGCGAAGUCGCCGAUUCAUAGACAUACCAGUGUGUAUUCCGGUUCACUGGCAAUAACACUAACCAUAGAUCAAUCAGGCGAACGUUUAAUUUCUUAAAGCAACUCGCUCGUCGUACGUUACUCAACUAAUAUUGGUAUUAGAUUCUCUCGUUUGAAUUUGCCGAUUGUACCAAUUCCUGUACAUCUGCGUUACCAUAAAAUGUUAUCCAGAGCACUAGUGUGCGUGUUCCUUCUAACUUGCCAGAGCGACGCUGCUCCAACGGCGAACGAGCGUAUGACGUUGACGAAGAUGAUGGCGGAGGAUCUCGACGGGACGGCCAGUGGCUACGUGUACAAUCAGCAACAGGGUAUUCCGGUUUACUACGUUCAGUACAGCAAUCACGGAAGUGGACGGUACUACCAUGCACCGGACGUCGUGCAGUACGUUGCUACACCUGUUGCACACAGUGUUCCUGAAACGACGCUUUUGCACCCCUAUGUAAGCGCCGAGGAUGUUGUGCGCUCCAACCACCAAGGAACUGUCAAUUACGGUAACGAGCAAUCGCUGGAUCACUCAGUAGCCUCUACCAAGCCUCUGCUACGUGUCCCGUAUUACGUUGAUGGAAAGGUCGUCGAGAACGAGGGGAAUGACAAAGAAGAAACACAGGAGAAGAGCGGCGACGAGGAUCAUAGUAACGAGGAAAGUAUGGAGGAUGAUAGCGACGAGGAAGGAGGAGAGGAAGAGACUGAUCAUUGGGAUGAUAUCGAUGGAGAGAUUCACGAUGGAUAUCACGGUGGAUCGGUGAAAACGUUCGACCAUGGUGAUGGUUACGAUCAUGAGGCAAUCGGUGGAUCUAAGGGUGAUGAAGGUUUUUUGGAGGAAGGAAAGGGAGAGAAACACGCGAAUGAAGAGUAUUCGAAGAAAGUGAUGAAGGGAGAAAAGGGAUAUAAGAAGGAGAAAGAGUUUAGUAAAGCGGAAUCUGGCAGCGACGAUAGUGGACACGAGGAAGGAUACCAUAAGAACGAAGGUAAACACAAAAAGGGACACGUGGUCGAAGAUGAAAAACAUGGUUCCCGCAAGGAGGCAGAGAAAGGCAAAGAAGGAAGUAGUUACGGGCAUUCGUCCUACCAUAAGAAGGGGCAGAAAACUAAUGGUUUCCACAAUGUCUAUCACAAGGACGAAUACAAGAAGGAAACGGACUUUUACGACGAUGAUUAUAAGAAGGGUGAUUUCGAGGAGUACGAGGAAUUCGACAAAGGUUACAAGACCGGCGAGGGUGAUUUUAAGAAAGGCGAACAUCAUUCUUCUGGACGUGAUUAUCAAGAUCAUGGAGAGAAAGGAAGUUACGAUAAGGGACACUAUGACAACCAGAAUGAAGGUCAACAGGUCGAAGAAGGCGAAAAGUCGCAUUAUUCAAACCACGAGGAUUAUAAUGUCGAAGAGGAUUCAAAAUCGGAUAGAAUACACGAGUUCCAUAAAGGAGAUGAUUGAUCGAUAUCGUAUCAUUUACUGUAUCGGUGAUAUUAUAAGCCGUGUUGUUGUUUUGUUUAUAUCGUAAACUACGUUCCAUAAUAAUAAAAAAAAAAUAGAGCAUAACUACUGUGAUUCUUCCUAAUGUUAAUUUUUAUGUCAAAAUUUUUUUGUCUAGAUAUGUCUAAAAAUGUCUAAAAUAUGUGGCACUUAACUACAAAAAUAGAUCAGGAAUAAUUUGAAAUGCGGAAUUUAAAUCGUGUUACUGUUACUUAACUGUUACUUAAUCGAGUGAUGUAAUUGGAAAAUAUAAAUUUAGAAAGUGUUAUUGACCUAAUUUUUUAAGGGCUGCUAGUGUAGCGUAACGUGUCUAAUGCAAAAACUUAAAGUAUUGGGAAACUUACUACAAAUCGAUAGAUUCGAAUCUGUCAAAUAGAACAGAAGUAUUGCUAAACAAAAGUUUUGACAUAACCGCUGAAUCCUAGACUGUUUCACUCUGCUAUCCAAAUAAACGAAGAUUUUUAUAAAUAAACUGAUCGUAUCUCAGUAGAGUUUGUGAUAGAACAAAAUUAAUAAUUAUUUAAGGAUUCUUUUAAAUAGUUAUCAUUAUUUAAAAAAGUAAUUGAUGUUAACUCAAGUAAAUUACAAUUGUAAUAAACAUCACAAAGGAUCCAA